AUGUCUUCUGGUCAGAAUUCAGAUGAUAAUCAAAAUUUUUCACAUAAUAUUUCUUUAUUAUCUAGUAGUUUUAUACAAAAAUCUUUUCAUAUAUUUAAUAGUAAGGAUUUAUUAGAAAAGGAUUUCUUAUGA